AUGCAUACCUUGAUUGCCUUUGCGCUCUCAGCACUUGGGGUAAUCGCUUCCCCUCUCCAGCAGAAACUCUUUUUUGCGCCAUCACAGUCAGAACACGACGUGCUGCCCCAUCUCCCCCUCCCCAAACAUCCAGCAUAUGACCCCAGCAUCCGCCCAUUGGUGCUAUGGCAUGGCUUAGGAGAUUCUUAUGCCUCUCCAGGGAUGGUGGAAUUUAUGGACAUACUUCGGAAGACCCAUGAGGGGAUGUUUGUGUAUAGUGUGAGGAUUAAGGAUGACGUGGAGAAGGAUCAGAAGGCGGGUUGGUUUGGAGAUGUGAACGAACAGCUCGAGCAGGUCUGCGAACAACUGCUCACCAUCCCUGAGCUGCAAGAGGGGUUUGACGCGAUGGGAUUUUCGCAAGGGGGGCAAUUCCUCCGUGCCUACGUUCAGAAUUGCAACUCGCCUCGCGUUCACAACCUCAUCACCUUUGGUGGUCAGCACAUGGGCAUUGCAGACAUCCCUAUGUGCAAACCUGGUGAUGUUUGGUGCUUCCUGGCAAGGAGCGCAGUGAAGAGGGGGGUAUACAGCAGUUAUGCACAGCAUAAUCUCGUUCAGGCGCAAUAUUUCCGCGAUCCAGCGCAAUACGACGCCUAUCUUUCCUCUAACCGCUUCCUCCCCCUGCUUAAUUCCGAGCUUGGUCCCCACACGCCACCAACCUUCCCUCUAACCACGCUUAAUUCGCUCGUCCUGAUCCGCUUUACCGAGGAGCAAACCGUCAAUCCGCCCGUGUCCUCCCACUUUGGAAGCAACCCCCCCGACAACGCGACCGAGGAGAUCCCAAUGAGGGAGCAGGAGCUGUACAAGCAAGACUGGAUCGGCUUGAGAGAGCUGGACGAAAGAGGCGGAGUGGUGAUGUUGAUGUGCAAGGGGCAGCAUAUGCAGCUUGAGAGAGAGUGCUGGGAACCGAUCGUCCUUCGCUGGACGGGAGGGAAGAGGGAGGUGUAAACGCGCAUGGCUUGCUGCAGAAGGUGAUGUACCCUUACCGCUAUUUUCAAUGCUCUUCCAUGAAUAUUCAUAAUGACAUUGUAAUUAUAU